AUCGCGUAGAUCGCCACAGCAACGAGUCGUCAAUCAGCAAUUCGUUUGUCACUAUUUCUCGCGAGCGCAAAGAAGCAUCUUUUCUCGUCGUCUCCUGGACUCCGGAUACACCUGGUGCACAAUAAGGAUGAUUUCGGAAGAGCGUCGCGUCGAGUCGCGACCUGCCAAGGAAGUCGCCAAACCUCUGGAACGCAACGCCGGUGGUUCCAGCGAUCCGACAACAUCUUCAACGGCCAGGACUGGUAACAAGGGGCGCAAGUCUCGGCGCAGGAGGACCAGGAACUCCACUGCCGAUUCAAAAAGGAAAUCAAUGGCUAGCUUAGUGGACUAUCGCAAAGAGGCUCAAAAGAAUACAAGUCAAACAUCGUGUUCGUCAGCACCACUUCCCAGUACAUCUCUAAGUGCAGUUCAAUGUCUGAAUCCUGCACCGAUUCGUCCAAGAUCACUCUACACCACUCAUACAUAUCAUGCUCAGCCAGAAGAAUCAAACUUUCAAAGAUAUAACGAAUUUGUAAAAUAUUUGGAAGCACCUCCCUCAGAACAAUGGGGAGGUAUGGUUGGAAACGGAUAUGCAAAUAGCGCAACGACUUUGUGGAGACAAUCUAGGAACCAAAAACCGAUGGGUGCACCACCAUUCUACCCAACAGAGGAUGCUUGCAUUUACACUGAAAAUGUGAAUUGGCGUGAACACGAUGCAGAAACUGGAAUUGGUAUAGGUGGAGCAAUAGCAACACCUCAUGGAACCAUUUCACUCAGACUUCAUAACAAGAUUAGAGUGGACAUGACCAUUGAUCGAGCAGUCAGAGUGCUCAAUUUCAAGAAUAACAUUGUACUUUCGCUGAGUGGAUCUGGUUCGGCCUCUGCUUUGCUCCACCCUAAUGGAAGAAUAUAUCAAUAUGGAUCCCGUGUAGAGAUAUUAGCCCAUGAUGUCCAUGGAAACAACAAGUAUGCCAAGAUGUGGCACAAGGGUGUUAGCUUUACUUCCGAACAGUGUGCUUUGGUCUAUUUAGUUGAUACUGCUGGUACUAGGACUACUACAGAUUCAUUUUCAGAUAUGAGUCAGGACUUUUCUGUCAACGUUUUUUAUGCUGAAUCGAGACAUGGGCCAGCAUGCAUUCAAGAAGCUGCAGCAGCCUUAGCUGCUGCUCAAUAUUGGAUUACUGAUGAAGGCGUAGAAAACUGGAUUAUCAAUAACGUUCGAAUUUCGCAAACUCCCGAUGGUCUUGUAAGGAUUGCACGCAACAGUAACAAGUAUCAGUUAAGAACGUCUCCAAGCAAUGGAACAGCCUCCAUCACUACGCCAUUUUUGCAUUGUACAGCAUCUCUAGGUCAAACAUCUCACUUAUUUGUGCGACGGGGAGAAAGACGUAUGCAUUAUGAUGGUACCAGUUUUAUUGUGAGAAAUGCCGGGCAUAGUGCGGGCUUUGACGACGACAAUCAACUCAAAGUUUAUUAACAAAAGUAAAAACACGUUAAAGCUUAUUACCUUACUUUGGAAGUAAUCAGUUGAUGAUUACAGUUCCAUUAUGGAAUAACAUCUAAAAUAAAAAAAAAUCUUACUUUGAA